CCUUGGUUGGAUCCCCUUUGAAUUCUUCAUUGAAGAUUAAUUUCUUGGGUUUGCCAUAUCAUUUCAAAGGGGUCCAACUCCUGGUUAGGAAUCAUUAUCAUUGUUUUUGCAUUCAUUUUUUCCAAGAACACUUCUGAUUUUUGGGAUGUGGAGAGAUCCUGGAGCUCCCGCUGAUUCGUUUUAUGAAACUCGUCCUGAAUGCACUGAUGUUCCAAAGUCUAAAUUUAGGAUCAAGGCUGGCAAAACAUUAAGUGCAAGAAAAUGGCAUGCCGCGUUUUCUCCAGAAGGGUAUCUAGAUAUAGGCAAGACUCUAGGUCGAAUCCACCGAGGGGGAAUCCAUCCAUCAAUUAGGGGAGAAGUUUGGGAAUUUCUACUUGGUUGCUAUGAUCCCAAGAGUACAUUUCAGGAAAGAGAUGAAAUAAGACAACGUCGAAGGGAUCUUUAUAAUACAUGGAAAGAAGAAUGUCGUAUAUUGUUUCCUCUUGUAGGAAGUGGUAGAUUUAUCACGGCACCUGCAGUUGCUGAAGAUGGUACACAAUGUUUAGAUCCAUUGGUUUUGUUAGAAAAGAAUCCAGAGAAUGGACCAGUUGUUCUUCAAGAUGUCACUCCUCCAUCUUACUUAGAAAAGAUCACAGACAAGAGAAUAAUUCAAUGGAUGUUAACACUUCAUCAAAUAGGUCUUGAUGUUGUUCGCACUGAUAGAACAUUAGUAUUUUAUGAAAAGAAAGAAAACUUGUCAAAACUAUGGGAUAUUCUCUCUGUUUAUGCUAAAAUAGAUUCAGAUGUUGGCUAUGGUCAAGGAAUGAGCGACCUGUGCUCUCCUAUGAUAAUACUUCUUAAUGAUGAAGCCGAUGCUUUUUGGUGCUUUGAACGUUUGAUGCGUAGAUUGCGAGGAAACUUUAGAUGCACUGCUAACACUGUUGGGGUUGAGGCACAAUUAAGUAAUUUGGCAACAAUCACUCAAGUAAUUGAUCCAAAACUUCAUCAACAUAUAGAACAAAUUGGUGGAGGUGACUAUCUAUUUGCUUUUCGGAUGAUAAUGGUUUUAUUUCGACGAGAAUUCUCCUUUUGUGACUCAUUGUACCUUUGGGAGAUGAUGUGGGCUCUAGAAUACGAUCCUGACUUGUUUUGGAUGUACGAGGAAGCCGAUGAUAAAUCUGAGGAAUUUAAAGGAAGAAUGAAGUCGUUACGUCACUAUGGGAAGUAUGAGAGAGAAAAUAUGAAAAAUGGAGGAAAGAAUGGAGAAGAUCCUCCAUUCCCCAUAUCUGUUUUCCUUGUUGCUAGUGUUUUGAAGGAAAAAAGUGCAAUAUUACUCCAACAAGCAAAAGGUUUGGAUGAUGUUGUCAAGAUAUUGAAUGAUGUGAAUGGAAACCUUGAUGCCAAGAAAGCUUGUAUGGCUGCACUUAAACUUCACAAGAAGUAUUUGAAAAAGGAAGCAAAAGAUUAG